CAGCGGAGAAAAUAACGCUCGCGUCGCGUUGCGUUUAGAUCUGAGAAACGCUGCUACCAUCACCGAACACAACCCUUCUUUACACACACAAAAGAUAAAGAAAGGGAAAGAGAGGAACAAAACGAUUCCAUUUGUAUUUCAUAGCCACAACGCCCUCACCUCGAAUGAAAGUUACGACGUCGUUUCACGCCUAUCGCCAACCCUCAAUCAAGUGUAAGAGGAGGAUCUGAAUGAUGGCCACGGCGUGUUUGUGGUGAUUGCUGCGCUUACAGUGGGUAGCAACAACGGAGUGGAUCGGAGAAUGGACCGGAGCAAGAGCCGUACCGAUCUACUCGCAGCUGGCAGAAAAAAGCUUCAGCAAUUUCGUCAGAAGAAGGAUAGUAAAGGUGGUAGUAACCGUGGAAAAUCAUCAAAAAAUUCUGGUAAACCUCAGCUACCUGAGUCUGAUGCUGCAAGUAGUGCUUCAAUUUCAAUGGAAUCAUCUCAAAUUAAUGAUGGACAUGACAGUGACUCCAAUAGGGUUGUUACAGAAUCAUCAGAGUCACACUCUGUGGAAAACUCAUUAUCUUUUGACAAUAUUGAUCCAUCUGUUGAUUCAUCAUCAUUGGUCACUACAAAUGAUGCAAGCGAUGAAACUGAAUUGGAUUCCAACACCAACUUGGCACUUCAGGUUCAUGGGGUCCGUGAGAAUGAUUCUGAGUUAUCUGCCCUAGAUCAAGGGGUAAUUGCUCAAGACAUUGGUGCUGAUGUGCCAGAGGAUGAGUCUUUGAGAACUUCAGACAUCCCAGUUCCUGAAGGUGAAGCAACAUAUGAUCAUGUUCAUGUGUCUGCACCUGCUGCCAUUUUGUCCCCACAUGCUUCUCUUACAACUGCAGUGGGUGAGUCUGUAACACAUGAAAGAGAGGGUGAAAAGAGGGAAGAAUUGUUGCUUUUAUCCGAGGAUAUUCCCAAUACAUCUGUGAUGCAAGCAAGGGAAGAUCAGGUAACAGAUUUAGGGGCAAUGCAGGAAGCUGAUGGUUUGGAUAUGAAGAAAUCUUGUCAAAGCAUUGAUGCAGUGAUUGAUGGUCAAAAGGAGCUUCCUUUGUCCGAUGUUGGCAAGAGUGACCAGAGUCCUUUGGGGAUUGCUUUGGAGAAGACUAAAAUUGAGGAGGAAUAUCUUGAAGCUGAGCAACUAGACAAGUCAGUUGAAUUACUCUCCUCUCUUGAGGACAUUGUGUCAGAUAAGCUUCCAGGUUUUGAUAAAGGCCAGGGAGAUCAUAUUGCAACUGCAGAGCCUUCUAUGAGGAAUCUGGAGAGAGAAACAUUACCUGGUUCAUCUGACGACAAAAUGCUCCUUCAGUCUAAUCAAGAUCAGAUUAGCAAAGGGGUUCUUAUUGGACAGGAUGGGGGGCUUCAGGAGGAGGGUAUUAGUCAGAAAUUUACUUCUGUUGGAUUUGCAGUUGAGGAUCCAACUCAUGAGGUUGAUUCGGCCAGACCAUGGGAUGCCUCCUCUGUUUUUGAUGAAAACUCAGUCAACCUCUUGCAGCUGGCUGAAAUUAUGAGGGGGCUUAAGGAAGAAGAGUAUCAGUUUCUGCUCAAGGCAAGAGGAGCAGGGCCUGAUUUGAAUCCUUUAGCCCGUAGUUCAGAUCUAUCAGACCAUGACAUUUCAGAAGCAUUUCAGAGUCUCAAAGAAGAAUUUUUUAUUACAAAUUUAAUGAAAAAUAUAUUCAACAUGCAACUAGAUGAACAACUGGAGCUACUACUGGAGUCUGAUAAUAAGCAUCACCAGUUAAUUGAUGAAAUGUCUCAGCUCCAUGCUUCUCAUAAUAAAGUUAAUGAGGAGAAUCGACACCUUGCUGAAGAACUUGCUAAUUGCCAUGUUGAACUACGUGAUAUUUCUAGCAAGAAUGUAGAACUUCAAAAUCAGUUUAAUGCUGCCAGGGCAGAGGUCGAAGCUCUUUCUACCAGAGUGGUUGAGCUGCAGAGUAGUUUUAAUGUGUCUCAAAAAGAUUCAUUGGAAUUGUCCAGUGAGUUGGCUGACUGCAGAGGCUUGAUCUCAAGUUUACAGGUAGAAAAGAAGGGCAUGAUUGAAACUAUUGAUUUGGUGAUUGUUGAGAAAAAUAAGCUUGUGGAGGAGAGGGAAUUCCAUCUAUGUCAAAUUACGAAUCUAGCAACUGAAUUAUCUGACUUCAAGAGUUCAAUGGAAGGAGUGAAAGUUGACAAUUCGAACUUGAUUGACAGGAUCUCUAAGGUGACUGAGGAGAGGAAUAUAAUCAAAGCAGAAAUUGAGCAUCUCUCACAUGAAAUUGACAGGUUGUCAUCAGAGUUGGUCGAUAGUAAAGAUUUGGUGGCAAGGCUACGAGCAGAGAAUUCCAACAUAAAUGGGACUCUUGCAUUGUCAACUGAUAAGAUUAAAAAUCUUGAAUAUGAGAAUCAACAUCUUGUUCUUGAGAAUCAAAUGUUAUCUUCUCAAACCAUUGCUCUACAAGAGCAAUUGUCUUCAGAAAAGGGGGAACGGAUGAUGUUUGAAGGUGAGCUUAAAGAAGCCACGGUGCGGUUGGAACAAAUUUCCAACGAAAAUGUGUAUCUCAAUAGCACUUUGGAUGAGCACAAAGCCAAGAUAGAAGAAAUUGGAAAGGAACAAGGGCAACCACUAUCUCAACCUAGGGACCUUGGGAAUCAAACUCAUGUUGCAUGUGAACAAAAUAAGGGCCUUGAAAUUGCAAGUACUGAAGAUUCGCUGCAUAUGGAUCAAGAGCCACAUGAAGCUGCACCUGGAGAACCACAGGUGAAUAUACUUGAACAUGAAGUCUUUGAUGAUUCUCUUGGGUUUGUUUCAUGGAAGGCUUGCUUGGAUGAGGUGGAGGACAUGUUGGUGAAGCUUGAAAAGGCAAUUAAUUUGUUGCAUUUUCACUCAGUAUCCUCUGGUAGGUCGGGUGAAAAUGUUUCUUCACCUAGGGUAUCUAAAUUGAUACAGGCUUUUGAAUCAAAAGUACAUGAAGACGAGAAUGAGGCAGAAACAAGGGAUUCUAGUGAAGUUCAGUCAUCAUCAAUCUCAUUUAUAAUGUUAACCAAAGAGCAAAUUGAAACUUUGAAAAAAUUGCUUUCAAAGUGGAGGGUGGAUAUUCAGAUAGCUGGUGUAUUGUUCAAGGGGGAGCGCGAUGGUAGGAAAACUGGUGAUGCAAAGUACAGUGAUCUCAAGGACCAGUUUGAUGAAUUGAAGCAACAUUGUUCAGAUUUGGAAGCAUCCAACAUUGAACUGCAAGUUCAAUGUGAAACUGCAAAGCAAAUUCUGGGAAAUAUUCAAGAAAAAAAAUGUCUUCUUGAGGAAAUUUGUGAUGCUUUAAAGCAAGAAGAUAUCCAUCUCAAAGCCAAAAAUAAUGAACUUUAUGAAAGGCUUGGAUAUUGUCAGUCAAAAAUUAAUGACUUGCAUACUGAAAUGUGUGGUCUGAAACAGAGUUCAAAUGAUAUGGCUUCUAUUAUUGGCGGUCAACUGAAAGAUUUGCAUAAGGUGGUGACUGAGAGGGCAAUGCUACUUGAGCAAGGCUGGAAUACGACCACUGCUGAGAUUGUUGAGUUAAUUGGGAAACUGAACGAAUCAAUUGGUGUAACUUUGUGCACAACUGUCUCUUCUAACUCCCAUGGCAACUUUGAUAUCAGUAAUCAGUUAGAAGUUUCUGUUAAUGCAGCUGCUGAAACGAUUUUUGAUCUGCGGAAGAAGCUUGAAGCUACUUAUUCUGAACAUGAAAUAAUGUGUAUGUCAUAUAAAGAAAUGAAUUCAAAAUGUGAUGAUCUGCUUAGGAGAAAUGACUUGGCUGUUGGUCUAUUGCAUACAAUGUAUGGUGACCUAAGAAAACUUGUGCUCAGUAAUGGUGGGUCCAUGGAUGACGAUAACGUAGAUGUACAAAUUGAAGCACUGCCUGAUCUGCUGAACUAUGAUAGCUACCAGCCAAUAUUAAAACAUCUUGUGAAUAUAUUGAACGAGAAGCUGGAACUUGAGUCUGUUACCAAAGAGACGAAGUCAGAAUUGAUGCACAGGGAAACUGAAUUGGAAGAAUUGAAGAUGAAGUGCAAUGGUUUAGAUUCUGUUAGUAAGCUAAUAGAAGAUGUUGCGAGCCUGCUGAAUGUGGAAAUUUCAGAGAUGGAUAUAAAUAAAUCUCCCCUCUCUUGCUUAGAUUCAUUAGUGUCUAGUCUUGUGCAGAAAACUAGAGAGGCUGAAAUCCAAUGUCACAUGACUAAAGAAGGGUAUGAAUCUAAGGGGACGGAAUUGGCUGAAUUGAAGGGAAAGACACAUUAUCUAGACACACUACGUCUUGAGAAUGAAAAUGAAAUCCUUGUUCUUAAGGAAAGCUUACAUCAGACUGAGGAAGCCCUUACUGCUGCUCGAUCUGAAUUACAGAAGAAAGCAGAUGAACUUGAGCAUUCAGAACAGCGGGUGUCAUCCAUUCGGGAGAAACUUAGCAUAGCAGUUGCCAAGGGAAAAGGGUUGGUUGUACAGCGGGAUGGCCUCAAGCAGUCCUUGGCAGAGACAUCCAGUGAAUUGGAGAGAUGCUUGCAAGAGUUACAGUUGAAAGAUACAAGACUUAAUGAGGUUGAAACAAAACUUAAGACCUAUGCAGAGGCAGGUGAGCGUGUGGAAGCUCUGGAGUCCGAGCUUUCAUAUAUCCGUAAUUCAGCUAACGCUUUGAGAGAGUCAUUUCUUCUUAAAGAUUCAAUGCUUCAGAGGAUAGAAGAGAUAUUGGAAGAUCUAGAUCUGCCAGAGCAGUUUCAUUCAGGAGAUAUAAUUGAAAAGAUUGAUUGGUUGGCUAGUUCAGCUUCUGGAAACUCAUUGCCCAUGAAUGAUUGGGAGCAGAGGGAUUCUGUGGGAGGAGGCUCAUACUCUGAUGCUGGUUAUGUUGUCACGGAGUCCUGGAAAGAUGAAAGUCAGCUGCAACCAGAUUCAGGAGAUGAUUUUAGAAAAAAAACUGAGGAGUUGCAGAGUAAGUAUUAUGAGUUGGCUGAGCAAAAUGAAAUGCUGGAGCAAUCAUUGAUGGAAAGAAACAGCUUAGUUCAGAGAUGGGAAGAGCUUGUAAAUAGAAUUGAUAUGCCUUCACAUUUGCAAUCCACAGAGAUGGAGGAUAGGAUUGAAUGGAUAGGAAGAGCACUUGCUGAGGCUAAUCAUCAUGUAGAUUCUCUGCACAUGAAGAUUGAGAAAUACAAUAGUUAUUGUGGAUUGUUAAAUGCUGAUUUGGAAGAGUCUCAAAGGACAGUAUCUUCUCUUCAAGGUGACCUUGGAGCUCUUACAUCUGAGAGAGAUCACCUUUCUGAAAAAAUGAAGGCUUUGAUGCAUGAAUGUGAGAAACUAUCCUUGCAGACAAGUGAAGCUGAACUUGAGAAUGAAAAGCUGCAUAAUGAAAUAACAAGUUUGAAACAUAAAUUGGAAGAAAAAGUUGCAAUUGAAGAACAAAUUUUCACCAUUGAUGGCAAGAUAAAAAAAUUGCAAGACUUGGUUGUUAAUGCCUUGUCAGAAUCUGAAUCAGAAAACCUGGUUUCUGGUAGUACAAAUAUUGAUUCCUUGGAAGAAUUACUGAGAAAGGUUGUAGAAAAGCUGAACUUAGAAGAGAAACUAUCAGUGCAGACAAGGGAAGCUGAACUUUUGAAUGAAAAACUGCAUAAUGAAAUAACUAGUUUGAAAGAUAAAUUGGAGCAGAAAGCAGCAAUGGAAGAACAAUUUUUCACCAUUGAUGGCAAGAUCAGAAAAUUGCUAGACUUAGUCAGUGAUGCCUUGUCAGAAUCUGAAACAGAAAAUUUGGUUUCUGAUAGUGAAAAUAUUGAUUCCUUGGAAGAAUUGUUGAGAAAGCUUAUACAAAAUCAUGCAAAUGUUUCACAAGAGAGUGAUGCUACACUUCAUGAGGAAAGAAGUAAAGAUGUGCAGGAUAUGGAGGAGGUAGAUAUUGAUAGAUAUAGAAGAGAUCUGGAGGAGUCUUUGAAUGAAUUGGUGCAUGUGAAGGAGGAUAGAGAUCGAACUUUGGAAAAGCAAAUAUCCUUAUCUGGUGAAGUUGAAGCUCUGACUAAGAGAACUGAAGAGUUGCAAGUGCUUCUUAAUCAGGAAGAGCAGAAAUCAGCUUCUGUUAGAGAGAAGUUAAAUGUUGCAGUCAGGAAAGGGAAGACGUUGGUGCAACAACGUGACAGUCUAAAACAAACCAUUGAAGAGAUGAGUGGUCAGAUGGAGCAUUUGAAAUCUGAGAUCAACAACCGAGAACAGACACUUGCAGAGCAUGAACAGAAGUUGAGACAUUUGUCAACCUACCCAGAUAGGUUAGAAGCUCUUGAAUCUGAGAAUUUGCUUUUGAAGCAACAUUUGGAAGAAACUGAUCGCCAUUCAUUGGAGCAAGAAUACUCUUUGAAACUGAUUUUGAACAAAUUAGGUGAGAUUGAGGUUGGUGGUGAAGGUCAUACAAGUGAUCCAGUGAAGAAGUUGGAAUGGAUUGGGAAAUUUUGCUGUGAUCUAAAUAGUGCUGUGACUUCUUUGGAACAAGAAUCCAGGAAAUCAAAAAGAGCUUCAGAACUCCUCUUGGCAGAGUUGAAUGAGGUUCAAGAAAGGAAUGAUAGUUUCCAGGAGGAGCUUGGAAACGUGGCUGCUGAACUUGUCGAUCUCAGAAGAGAAAGGGAUUCAGCUGAGGCUGCCAAACUGGAGGCUCUUGCACAUCUUGAAAAGUUAUCAGCCUUGCACGAGGAGGGAAAAAAGAGCCAUUUUUCUGACAUAAUGGAAUUAAAAUCUAGUGUGAACCAAGUUUGCAAAAGUUUUGGUGAGGUUCAGAAUUUACUAGCUAAUGUUUUCUUAAUGGAUUUGGAAUCCUAUCGGAAACUUGAGGCUGGUCUUGAGUUAUGUAUGAAAGGAAACAAUGCCACAAAUAUGGUGGAUUCGUCUGUCACCAAAGAACAUGAUGGCAUUUUACCCUGUUCAUCUGCUAUUAAGAAGAGCUCUACGUCUGCAGAUCCUUGGUCAGAUUUUGACACAAUGGACCACCAUGAGGAUAAUACCAUAGUCGAAAUUUUUCAUGUAUUUGGGCAUCAGCUGCAAGAGCUCUUGGUGGAGGUUGGUUCUCUUAAGGAAAGAAUAGACAUGCACACAAGUUUGGCACAUGAGCAAGACAAGACUCUAUCGAAACUAAUGGCAAGUGUGCAAAUGGAAAUGACUUCCCAAAGAGAGUCAUGUGAAGCCAUGAAGAAAGAGGUAAGUGAACGAGAUGGGGAGCUAGUUGCAUUACGUGGGAACAUUGCCUACCUUUAUGAAGCAUGCGUUAAUUCUGUCAUUGUACUUGAAAAUGGAAAGAAUGAACUGGUUGGCAAGAACGUUGAAUCUUCAGAUCUAGGAAUUAACUUGGAAACACCUUCGUUUGAUGAUGGUAUAUCUGAGGAACGUAUUAAAAUUGUGACAGAUAGACUGCUGUUGGCUGCAAAAGGGUUUGCUAGUAUAAAAACUGAAUUUUUAGAUGCUAAUCAAAAGGAAAUGAAGACUACUAUAGCAAAUUUGCAGAGAGAGCUUCAGGAAAAGGAUGUCCAAAGAGAUAGGAUUUGCUCGGAACUGGUAAAACAAAUUAAGGAUGCUGAAGCUGCUGCAAACAGUUACUCUCAAGAUCUUCAAGCUUUUAGGGUUGAAGAAAAUAAUUUAAAGAAACAGGUGGAAGCAAUUGAGGCAGAAAGGAAGAUACUGGAACAGAGAGUGAAUGAACUGCAGGAUAGGCAAGAAACUGCAGCUGAAUUAGAGGAGAAAAUGAGAUCUCAGACUGAUUUACUGGGUGCCAAAGACCAAGAAAUUGAAGCACUAAUGCAUGCACUUGAUGAGGAAGAGAUGCAAAUGGAAGAAUUGACAAAGAAGAUUGUGGAUCUUGAAAAGGUUGUUCAACAAAAGAAUCAAGAGAUUGAGAACAUUGAAUCUUCUCGUGGUAAGGUUAUGAAAAAGCUUUCCAUAACUGUUAGCAAGUUUGACGAGCUUCACCAUCUCUCUGCAAGUCUCCUUUCUGAGGUUGAAAAGCUCCAAUCCCAAUUGCAAGAAAGAGAUACUGAAAUUUCUUUCUUGAGGCAAGAGGUUACUAGAUGCACUAACGAUGUUCUUGUUGCGUCACAAAUGAACAACCAGAGAAGUUCUGGUGAUAUCUUUGAGUUCUUGAUGUGGGUUGACACGAUUGUAUCUCGUGAUGGGAUACAUGAUAUACAUCCUGAUAUGAAGAGUAAUAAUCAGGUUCAUGAAUGCAAAGAAAUACUUCAGAAGAAGCUGACAUCUUUAUUGUCAGAAUUGGCGAAUCUAAUGGAAGUUGUAGAAAGCAAGGAUGCAAUGUUGCAAGUAGAAAGGAGUAAGGUAGAAGAGUUGAACCGCAAAACAGAAACUCUUGAGAUGUCCUUGCACAAGAAAGAAUUGCAGUUGAAUUUACUUGAAGGUGUCGAAGAAACUGGAAAGGGAGCUGGGACAAGCUCAGAAAUUGUGGAGGUAGAACCAGUGAUGAAUGAGUGGUCAUCGUCAGGUGCUUUUGUGACGCCUCAAGUUCGCAGUUUACGCAAAGGCAAUAAUGAUCAUGUUGCCAUUGCUGUAGAUGUAGACCCUGGUAGUACUAGUAGGAUAGAAGAUGAGGAGGAUGACAAAGUCCAUGGUUUCAAGUCACUCACAACAUCCAAAAUUGUCCCAAGAUUUACUAGACCUUUGACCGACUUGAUUGAUGGCUUGUGGGUUUCUUGUGAUCGGACUCUAAUGAGACAACCUGUCUUGCGGCUUGGAAUUAUAAUUUAUUGGGUCAUAAUGCAUGCACUUCUCGCCUUUUUUGUUGUUUGAGGUGAGAGGCCCUGAUUUCGCUCUGUAUAGUUAUUGGCGUACUUUAUAAAAUCCAUAGCCUUGCCAUAGGAAGUGCCACCUUAUAGAUCGGGGAUACUUGGUUGCCUCCACUGGUACUAGAAAAAAAGGACUAAGUUUAGUUGUACAGUAUCUUCCUUCUGCUUGCUGCUUCUUGUUGCAGUGUGAGGCAGUUACUACUAUAAUAAACUUAAAAUGCUGCCAGAAAGAGUAACAAGCAGCAUUGUAGAAAAGAUGAGAAAGCAGAUUGCUCAAUAUUUGAAGAGCAAUGGAUGAAGAGUCUGCCAUAUAAACAAACACCAUGGUGGUUUUUACAAAGAUCCUGAUGCCUUCCACAAGAUCAACACUAUCUUUUGGAGGGGUUAGUCCCUGUACUUUGAAAAUGUUGGACAUUCUGGUGAGCAGGAUAAAUGACCAAUUAGGUAUAGGAAAACGUAAUUCUUUUGAACAUUUAUUAAGGUUUUUUUUCCCCCUUCUGUUUAGCCAUAAGAAAUUUCACUGCUGCCAUUCUUUGUAUUCUUAAAUCAAUCAUAGCAUCGUUAUGAAUUUUUGUUUUGGCAGUUUGUCAAGCAUUAAAUAUAUGUAUACAUGUGAACUCAAUAUAUUUAGAUUUUGACUUCCAUUCAUGCGUGUAUCGCUUCCAAAUAGUAUAUCGGCGAUUGAUUUCU